GCGAUGGCUGGAUGCUGUGUUUCAGCGGAGGAGAGAGAGAACCAGAGGAUCAACGAGGAGAUUGAGAAGCAGCUGCGGAGGGACAAGGAGGACUCUCGCAGGGAGUACAAGUUGCUGCUUUUAGGCACUGGAGAGAGUGGAAAGAGCACCUUUAUCAAACAAAUGAGGAUUAUCCAUGGAGGAGGAUAUACAGACGAGGACAAGAGGAGCUAUGCCAAGCUGGUGUACCAGAACAUCUACACGUCCAUGCAGACAAUGGUCCGAGCUAUGGAGACUCUUGGUAUAUCUUUCACUGAUCCCCAGAACCAGAGCCAUGCCAGCGCAGUCCUGGAGGUGGAGGUGGAUAAGGUGGAGGACUUAGAUAGCAACCUCGCCAUGGCUGUCAAGAGUCUGUGGAACGAUCCUGGAAUACAGGAGUGCUAUGAUCGGCGCAGGGAGUACCAGCUGUCUGACUCCACCAAAUACUAUCUCACAGCUCUGGAUCGGAUUUCACAGCCCUCAUACAUACCCAACCUUGACGACAUCCUCAGAGUCCGAGUCCCAACCACUGGUAUCAUUGAAUACCCCUUUGACAUGUUGUCUAAGGAUCAGAAUGUCAUUUUCAGGAUGGUUGAUGUGGGUGGUCAAAGAUCAGAGCGGAGAAAGUGGAUCCACUGCUUUGAGAACGUCACCUCCAUCAUUUUUUUGGUGGCACUCAGCGAAUAUGAUCAGGUCCUGGCUGAGUGCGACAAUGAGAACCGCAUGGAGGAGAGCAAAGCCCUGUUCAAGACCAUCAUCACCUACCCCUGGUUCCAGCGCUCAUCUGUCAUACUUUUCCUCAACAAGACCGACAUCCUCAAGGAGAAGAUCAUGUACUCUCACUUAUCCACCUACUUCCCUGAAUUCACAGGACCUCAGCAGGAUCAAGUAGCAGCUCAGGAAUUCAUCCUGAAAAUGUACCAAGAACAAAACCCGGACAAGGACAAGACGUUGUAUUCUCACUUCACCUGCGCCACAGACACAGAAAACAUCCGCUUAAUCUUCAAGGACGUGAAAACAACCAUCCUCAGGCACAUCCUCGGGGACUUCAACCUGGUGUAG